AUGUUUCAAUUUCUGAUCGAUCCAGUGUUGCACAUCUUUUACAGGAUCAUGGAUACGUUUCAACCACAAAGCAAGUACUGCGUGUUAGAAUAUUCAAAAUCCUAUGUUUAUGAGCCACCUGUUUUUAAAGAAUUGCAGGAUCUAUUUCGGAAAUCAUUCGGAGAUGAUGCAACAAGCAAAGAAUCACCUGUUGAAACACUGCAUUCCUACAGCAUUGAAUUUAAAAAUUUCUACAUGAAUUGUUAUGAGUUGAGCAAUAAUUACUUUACCAAUGAAGAAAUUUACAAAUACUACAUCAAAGGAAAAUCAGGAUUAAUUUUCACGAUAGAAUUCUCUAAAAACAUUUCAAUAGAAAUUGAGGAAUUGAAAAAUAGACUUGAUUUGAUUUUCUCCCUCACACACAAACAACCACAGGUUCCAAUAUUAUUUAUUAUUUACGGACAAGAUUUGUGCAAUAAUAGUGACGUGCAGCCAGUAAUCAAAUUACUGAAUGAAUUUAUACAACGAGAAAGCUAUGAAGAAUAUUCAUGCAUGGUUGAAACAGAUCAAUUCAAAGAUGGAACUCUCUAUGAAGGAUUAGAAUGGCUUAUGAGUAUUUCUAAUCAGAAAUGA